UUAGACGUCAAUGGGAUGGGAUGGGAUGCCAUAAGGGCGGAGGCCUUGCUGCACGAGAUCCCCAACCCCAGUCCGCUCAACGCCAUGAUGGACCCUUCCUCUUCCUCCACCGCCUCCGCUCCGGCUGCCUCCACCCACAGCAGCGAUAGCGGGGGGCCCGCCGCCGCCCUGUCGGCAGCGGUGGCCACGGCAUCCCGGCGGUUUCAGCACCUGCUGGACCGGUCAACUCCGCACGUGGGCCGCCGUUGGCUGGGCCUCGCUGGGGUAGUGUUGGUGUACGCGCUGCGCGCGUGGUUCGUCGGCGGCUACUACAUCGUGACCUAUGCCCUCGGCAUCUACCUCCUCAACCUCCUCAUCGCCUUCCUGUCGCCUCAGGUCGACCCCGAGCUCGCCGAGGUGCUCGGCGAGGGGCCCGCGCUCCCCACGCGCUCCUCGGACGAGUUCCGUCCGUUCGUCCGCCGCCUGCCUGAGUUCAAGUUCUGGUAUUCUAUAGUUAAAGCAUUCUGCAUUGCUUUUGGCAUGACAUUCUUCAGUGUGUUCGAUGUGCCAGUGUUUUGGCCUAUCCUUCUUUUCUAUUGGGUGGUGUUGUUUACUGUCACAAUGAAGCGUCAGAUCCUUCAUAUGGUGAAAUACAGAUAUGUUCCGUUCACCUUUGGGAAACAGCGUUAUAAUGGGAAAAGGGCAGCUUCUGCAGAUGAUCUCACACUUCCCAAGGAUUAAGUAUAUGGGAAUUUGGAAUGGUGAAAUGGUGAAAUGCUUUUGUUAGUUAUGAAAACGUAAGAGAGAAAUUGCUUAUAGUGGCUGCACCCUACGGGUAGCUCCUCACAAAGAUGUGAACGUUGCAAUGCUAACAUCAAGCAUUAUGACCUCACUGAACCCUGAUAUCUUCACAGUGCUGAGAAUAGGCCUUGGUGGCCUAACCUGGAUUUCCGUAUUCCCAUGGUGUUUCCCCGUAGUGGAGCACGGAGCUAAAUGACUGUACACAUUUGUUGCUCCGUAUUUCAUUGUAUGUCAUAUAUAAUGUGGAGAAGAUGGCCCAGAAUCCUGUAUACUUCCGUCAAAUGCUUUAUUCAACCAUCGUUUCUUGCCGGCGUAA